AUGCGUUAUGCCUUGGGGUUUUCCACAGCGCUUGGGAUAAACGAAAACCCGGCUUCGGAGAUGACGGGCCCUGAAGCUUCAAGCAGCGGAGGCUCUCUAUGGGGCGAAGGGUGA